AAAACAUUAAAGCUAAUCAGAAUGCACGUGUUGCCUUAACCACAUAUUUCAUAUUUUCAAAACAAAAACAGAGUUUUUGCAUUUUAUAUAUUUCGUUAUAAAUACAUUAAAAUAAGAAAAUCCAGCCCAGUACAACUCAGCUGUUCAAUUUGCAAUAUAACCCGACUCGCGUCCUUUCGUUCCGUCCUCAGGGGUUCGUUCUACAGAGUCUGAACUUGCAAGUUCGAACUACGAAGGACGCAAGUUCGAACUUGUCGAAACUUAAAAAAACGUUCCUAUUUCCGGUGUAACGCACGAGUCUGUCCCAAAAGUCUCCUGUGCGUCCUCGUGGACUCAAGGGUCCCUAUAAUGUCUGUGGACUCUGAGGAAGUCCACAAGUCCGGAGUGUGCCAUCUGGGACAGGGUCAAACUAGCUACGCGAGUGUUACGAGCAGCAGAAACACCUCACACUUUGGUGAAGUGACAUCACAGCUUGGCUUCCUCUCUUUAAGCGACAGCAGAGUUCUGAAAAGGCAGCACUUCGGAGUCUCUGACAACUCUGUGAUCCGAGAUAACCUCAACAUGGCCACAGAGGGCAUAUCUUUCAGCGGAGGUGUUACACUGCGUCACACUGAGCAAGAUGGGAAACAUUCUUAUGAAGUGAAAAACUUUAUAAGUUUAGACAAAGGAUUUUUUGCAAGAGAGGGAGAUAAAAUCCUGAAGAUAAACCAAGAAAAGAUUGAGGAUGUAACACCAGACAUGUUGGCUAAUAUGCUGAUUGCAGGAUCCGCCAUGUUGACUUUACAUCAACCGACCAGACCGAAAAGAGAAGAGUGUUCAUCGGAGGAGAUCCAGGCCUUUAAGAAGGAGCCAAUGAUGAUGAAUUUCUGCCUGAAGAUGGUGAGAGAGGAAGAUCUGGAUAUCGAGGGGGACCAUGAACAACCACUUCCAGAAUAUGAGUGGGAAAAGUGCGUAAAAGAAGACAAUCUGCUUUUCGUCUCCAUGGCCGAAACAAGCUUAACGCUGGUUGUUGGUCGAGGCUGCGACCCAGCACACCCUUGUUACAACUGCGGAAGAACGGACUGCCAAAUUAAUGACGUUGUUGUCGUACCUGAAAGAGCUGAGAUUGCCUUUACUGCCAUUGUUUCAGAUGGAUCCCUGAUUGUGAAUCAGGUUAAAGAACGGGAUAAUUUGUUUCUGAAGAGUUACUUAAUAAACAAGUAUAUCACCCCAUGGAAGGAGGAGUUGUUAUUGAAAAACACCAUGUCAGCAAAAAUCACAAUCUACUAUUACAAGUCGAACAUACCGGACAAAGAUGCGGGUCUUCCAGUAGUGCUGAACUUUACUGGCACCAAUAAUUUCUUCCGCUGUUCCACCAAGAAAGGGGAAAAUGAGAAGAUUUUAGAAGUUGUGAGCCAUAACAGACAAGACCUGAAAAACAUCUGUGCAGAUGACCAAGAAAAAUGGUCCCUGGUGUUUUACAUGUCUUCUUCACCUGGUGAUCUCAGGCGCUUCGAGUCCGCUCUUCACCGAGGUUGGUUUAUUUCCACACAGGUUUUAAACUGUGAUAAAGUUGAUAUGCGGGAGGAAAAUGAUUCGGAGGCAGUUAAGUUUUAUUUUGUAAUUGAGAGUCAGAAAUAAAACAUAAGAGGUUGUAUCAGAAGAUGCUUCUGAUAGAAAUGCAUUCAACGUGGAACAGUGACAGAAAGACUUUUAAUAUUAAGUAAGGAGGAUCAAAUCCUUGACGAAUAGGAAAUUUGUUUAUCAUUUUUUGUUUACACAAAGUAACUUUGCUAUUCAGUUAUGAGCUAUUAUCAUUAUUUGCUGUUUUUAUAGUCAAUAUCUUGAGGAGAAAAAUGUAACUUGAACCUGACAUAUUUUGUUUCCAUAUUAUUAGUGAUGACCUCACAAAUUUAUUCAAGCUGAUGUGAGCGACCCUAAUGUGUCAUUAAUAAGAUGAUAAAUUCUUUGCAAUGUCAAAUAUGCACUCUUAAAAAUGAUUCCCAAAAUGUUCUAUAAAAAACUUGAACAUUAUUAAGAAAAACCUGUCUGACGCAUUAAAGUGUGGCUUUAGAUACUGUAAGGUAAAAGAGAAGUGGUGGUUGAGACCCUUUGACUGAAAAUGUAUUUGAGGAACCAAAAAAUGCUUCUUUCGCAAAGAACCCUUUUUAUAACCUUUAUUUUUAAGAGUGUAUACGUGAUGAACUGUUUUAAAAAAAGUGCAACAUUUCUUUAUUGAUAAAUUUGGACUGAAGAAGUUAAAGGAACAGUAUGUAGGAUUGUGGCCAAAACUGGUACUGCAAUCACUAAACUUGUGGCUAAAACUGGUACUGCAAUCACACAACUGGUGGCCAAUACACAAAAUGACAACAUAAACAUCAGUUGAGGGCUGCAACUCCACUUUUUAAAUGACAAUAUCGUGUCCAGACCACUGUUGUGAGUGAAAUAAGUAUUUGAAAUGAAAAUUAUUUUUUAAUGUUGUUAAUUUGUUGUAUCAGCUAAUGGGGAUCCUAAUAAAAUAAAUAAAUGUCUAAUGACGUAUCAGGGCCAUUUUAUGAUUAAUUGAUAUAAAUUUCUUACAUACUGUUCCUUUAAGUUUGGUUCAGUUUAAAAAUACAGCCUUCUCCAAAGAAUGCACUUAAAUGUGUUUAACUGCUAUUGCAGUAGUGAGUAGAUAUGUAUCAUACUAUUAGCUAAAAUGUUUUUUACCCUGCUAUUCAUAUGCAUAUGUGUGUCAUUUUUUUUUUUACAUUGAAUUGAUAUUUUUAACCAAUACAUGUAAUUUUUUUUAUUGCUAUAUGACCAUUUUCAUGAUUACUUUUUUAUAGCACUGAAAUAUAAAAUCCAGAAAAACAUUUACUGUGUGUCAUUCCUUACAUUUUAUAUUGUUAAGCGAAUUUUUAUUUGUACUUAUAAGCAUCAUGUAUCUUUGUAAUCUCAAUAAAAUAAAUAAAAC